GCUUCAUAAAACAAAACAUUUUACCACAUUCGAUAUUCUUUGCAACUGAUAUAAAUCCAACGUCGUGCAGUACUGCUGCUGAGACUGUCAAACUUAAUGAUACCCAUGAAACCCAUCCGUUCUCGUUCACUGCAAUGCAGAUGAAUCUAACGAGUGCCAUACGUAGCAAUAAAAUUGACUUACUUGUGUUCAAUCCACCAUAUGUCCCUGCAGAAAAUGUUCCAGAAAUACCGAAAGACCUGGAGGACAGCUCUUGGUUAGAUCUUGCUUUGUUGGGAGGUCAAGAUGGUAUGGUGACUACAUGGGAAGUCCUCAACAACUUAGAAAACAUUCUUACUCCAGAAUUCGGGAUUGCAUACAUUUUGUUCUGUGCUAGAAACAAACCUGACCAAGUUGCAGAAACUAUGAAGGCAAGAGGAUGGAAAGUUGAUGUUGUCAUACAUCGAAAGGCCGGAUGGGAAGUCCUUAGCAUUCUACUGUUCCAGAAGUAGCUACAUUAUAGUUAGCCUCACAAUAAGUAUUACCGUCUUAUUCAAAAAG